AGGAUAGAAACUCCCCCUACUUCUCCCUACCAUGACAUGCAUGUAGCUAAUAUGAGGAACCGUCUGCAAGACGCUCCAGGUGCUGAAGCAAUUGAAAGAAGGCAAUUGGUCCAUCCAAAGAAGCGACGUCCCUCUUACCAACAACCUGUUUUGUCACCUGUCACCGAAAUGUCGACAGGCAACGGUUGUAAUCCAUGUCCAUCUCGAGGUUGGUCACCCGAAAGUCCACCAUGGAAUCUUCCUUCAGGAAUGUCUACGUCAGCUACAUACGGGCCUUCUGGAUCGCCAUGCACCGAUCAUCAAAUGAAGAAUAUAAUGGACAGCGCUGCCCAACAGCAAGGCUUGCUAGAUCAAGAGAAAUUUGGGCCUUCAGACCGUCGAAGGAUUAUUCCUAGAGAUGAAACAGGCAGGCCGUUCUUGGAUGCUGACGCCUGUCAACCGUGCACUUCUCAGUAGGCGUCAGCUGCCAGCGACUAUCAGCUAGCUGCAACAAAUGAGUUUGGUGAUAGCGAUGAAUCUCAAACAACCAGAUCCGCAUGUGGCAAGUCCAGAUACCUGUUUAAAUGUCAAAAGGUGAAAGCCAGAUGGAACAAUGAAAUUAGUAGUGUAUGUGUACAUAUUUGAUUCGUAAUAAACAAGUUGAUGUCACAUUUCA